AUGCACCCAUACCAUCGACAAGGUCGCGAAGGCCAACUUGGCGCCGGAUCCCUGGUUUGCUUGGAUACCAGAAAAGGCCACUAUGAGCGAUGUGGAAGCCUCUUACCGAUCGGCACUCAACGCGGGCACCUCAAAUAUGAUCAGGUCCCUUCCUUGUUGAAAGAUAUCGAACUGCGCCUUCAGGUGGCCACUCGUAUCGUCCCCACAGCGGUCGAAUGGACAGCAAAAACCAAGGAAUAUGGCUUGAUAGUCUCAGAACUGCAAGAUAUAUUGCGUGUGGCGUUUGGCGACGACCAGUUGCCAUCCACAAGGCCACUGAAUGGUCGUGCUAGAUUACCCAAAAUACUGGGACUCGCUGCACAGGGUCUGAGCCGUGCGAAUGAACUCGAGAAGAAGUCUGACAUCCUAAGACGCGUUGGAACUGUUGCACGCAUUAUUGCAUACACUCUAUUGGGGGUACCUGUGGUGUCUGGGGAGUCUGGUGACUCCGGCAACGCUUCUGACGAGCAGGCACGUAUACUUCCCACUAUCAUUCAUUGUGCCGCGCUGAUCUUAUGGGUUGAUCAGUGGGCAAAUGUAGCUGGCGGCAAGAAAUGGAUUGUGCAAUCUCGAAGUCUUGCCCGCUUCUGGUGCCGGGCAAUAGCAAGAAUGCCGCACUGGCGAGGACGAGAAUGGGCAUUACAUCUCAUGAUAGGUGAGCUGUCAGGCAUUGCAACGGGACUUCCGGCUGACGUGUCCCGUGUGAGGCGAAGCGCCUCUACGAGCGUUGUUUCGAACAGCCAUUCCGGCGGGCUGGGAGAGUUCGUAUCGACGUUGGAAUCGGAGAUAUACUGGGGAGAUUUGCCGGUCUUACAUAGGCUCCCCGGUGUGGUUGAGUAUGUGAUAGCGUUGCUCGAUGGUUGCGUGAGUCAGAACGUGAUCUUUCGCGCUCUGGGAUGCCCUGAUUCCUACCUGGACACUAUACAUUCCACGCCACCUGCAGGAACUUCUGACAAGAUGGCUUCUUCGUCUUCUCUGAUUACUCGAUCCGUCGUGGAUAAUUGGGAUCCUUCUCAUGUCGAUGGAGUAGUUCACACAGGGGUACAAGGGGAAGAGCCGUACUCAGACGAUCCAUUCGCACUUGGAAUACCCCGCACAGGCGACACUGGAUCGAACGAAAUAACGGAUCCAUAUCAUAUGGAGAUACUUCUCGGACCCGUCUCUGAAACAGCAGGAUGUGCAGAUGCUACGACUCAUGAUGGCCUCCAACCAUCCAUCUCUGGCGGAAUUGAAGUUAUUACCGAGAGCUUCAAUCACGGAUUCGUUAUAAAUGAAGCUAAUGUGAUGCAUCCUUCAAGCACUAUCUCCCCUGAGCUGCUACCGGAUCUGAUGUCCAAUCCAAUCGCAGCACACGCGCUGGGAAGAAACCGAUGA